AUGUUUGUAGAUGUUCCCAAUUACCAACCACAUGGCGUGGAACAAGUUUCUCCCAACUCAGGAACAAAGACAUAUAUUCCAACUUCAUCAUCUUCGCUGACUCCAGCAGAGGGCAUGUUAUUUGACACACUUGAUGCUGCGUAUAACUUUUACAAAGCUUAUGCAGAUGCUGGAGGUUGGACAGUUAGGAAGGGCACACAACAUGAAAAUCGUGGUAUUAUAAUAAAUAAGUAUUUUUUCUGUUCAAAAGAGGGCCACAAAGAGUUUCGACCGGUGGAUACUUCUGUCGAACAACCUUCUGACAGGUGGGUACGUAGGGUACCAUCCAAAAGGACUGGAUGCCAAGCGAUAAUCAGAAUAAAGCUGAAUGAUGUCAAGAAGUAUGAGCUAUAUCAUUUCACAGAGGCGCACAACCAUGAUUUUGUGCAUGAAGAAGAUUUACAUUUUCUUAAGGAAAACCGAGGGGUUGAUCGUGCGCAUGAAGAUAUGAUAAAUAAGAUGUCAAAUCUUAACAUUGGUCCUGUUCGGGCAUUUAAUAUUAUGAAGGAGGUGUGUGGCGGGUUCGAUAAAGUCGGUGCGACCAAAGUUGAUUUCAAAAAUUUCAAAAAAGAAUUAAAUUUGUUCAUCGGAGAGUCUGAUGCUGAAAUGUUUGUCAAGCGACUAAUGAGGAAAAAUUUUUUUUUACCGAACUUUUCUUGUAAAUAUCAAAUGAUGGAUGAAGGUGUGUUGAAGUGUAUUUUCUGGGCUGACGAGGACAUGAAGAGAAAUUUUUAUAUGUUUGGAGGCGUUGUAUCCUUUGAUGCUACCUACAAGCGGAACAAGUAA